AUGAUUACCUCUGCCUUCCUGCCCACAGGGCCGCUCCUCGAAUCUCUGAUCAACCUCUCCAAUGAAGUCACAACAAUGGAGAACAUUCCACCGGUUCAGUCAAAGAACAUCUCCACCAUGAUCAGGAGAAUCAAGCUUCUCUCCUCCCUCUUCGAGGACAUCCAAGACAAUUCUUCAAGAUCCCCACUCCCUCCGUCGUCGAUCCUCUGCCUCACUGAGCUAUACUCCGUGAUUCGAAAGGUCAAGCUCCUGAUCCAGGAGUGCAGAGAAUCGAGCUCGAUGUGGCAGCUGAUUCGGACCGAAUUCGUGUCGAAUCAGUUCCAUGUCUUGGUCAAGGACAUGGGUCGAGCUCUGGAUAUCCUGCCUCUCAGCCUGCUGAGGUUGAGCCCUGAUACUAGAGAACAGGUGGAGCUUCUCCACCGGCAGGUCAAGAGGCUGGACUUGUUCGUCGAUCCUAAGGAGAUUGAGAGAAAGGAAAUGGUUUGUUCUGUUAUUGCCAAGAAGAAUGACAGGGUUUUCGAUUUCGUGAGGGUCAAGGAUGUUUUCGUCAGCAUCGGGCUGAAAACUGCGGUCGAUUUCGAGGGUGAGAUUUCGAGAUUAGAGGGUGAAGCUCGUAAUCAGGCCGGGACCGGAGGGUUGAUCGUUGUUUCCAACAUUAGAAACCUCGUUUCGCUUCUGACUUACUCGAAAUCAAUGGUUGAACUUGAUGUAGACAGUCGUGGGUUUCCAAAAGAGGAAACUUGUUCCACAAGCCAACAGCAGCGUUCCAGUACUUCAUCAAGAACACUUCAAGACCUUUCAUCCUGUUCUUCCCCACAGUUUCCCGACGAGUUUCGUUGCCCGAUUUCACUCGACCUGAUGAUCGAUCCGGUGAUCGUGGCCUCUGGCCACACGUACGAUCGAAAUUCGAUCGCGCGAUGGAUCAAUUCGGGGCACCACACGUGUCCCAAAAGCGGGCAGAGGCUAAUUCACAUGGCACUCAUCCCUAACUAUGCUCUCAAGAGUUUGGUCCAUCAAUGGUGCCAGGACAACAACGUUUCGCUGCUCGACGAUCACUCGUCGUCGGAGCAGCCCGAGACCAAGACGAAGACGUCGUCUUCGUCUACUGCUGGUGCGGUGGACCACAUCUCGGUCACGAAAUCGGCAGCCGAAGCAGCGAAAAUGACGGCGGAAUUUCUGGUGGGGAAGCUGGCUAUGGGUUCGACCGAGAUCCAGAACCAGGCCGCCUACGAGCUGAGGCUGCUGGCCAAAACCGGGAUGGACAACCGAAGGGUGAUCGCGGAGGCAGGGGCGAUUCCGUUCCUGACGUCCUUACUGAGAUCCAGCGACGCGCGAAUCCAGGAGAACGCCGUCACGGCGCUGCUCAAUUUGUCGAUCUACGACAACAACAAGGUCCUGAUAACGGCGUCGGGAGGCGCCGUGGACAGCAUCAUAACGGUGCUGGAAACGGGGAAAACGAUGGAAGCCAGGGAGAAUGCCGCGGCGGCGAUAUUCAGCCUAUCGAUGAUCGACGGCUACAAGGUGAGCAUCGGCGGCAGGCCGAGGGCGAUUCCGGCGCUGCUAGGGUUGCUGAAGGAAGGAACCACGGCGGGGAAACGCGACGCGGCGAGUGCGCUGUUUAAUUUGGCGGUGUACAAUGCCAACAAGGCAGGGGUCGUCGGCGGCGGCGCCGUGCCGUUGUUGAUCGAGGCGUUGAUGGAUGAUAAGGCCGGGAUUACGGAUGAUGCGCUGGCGGUUCUGGCAUUGCUUCUGGGUUGUGGUGAAGGGUUGGAACAGAUGAGGAAGAGCAGGAUUCUGGUGCCGUUGCUUGUUGAUCUGUUGCGAUUCGGAUCGGCGAAAGGAAAGGAGAAUGCCAUUACCCUGCUACUGGGAUUGUGUAAAGAUGGUGGUGAAGAAGUGGCCAGAAGGCUGCUGAUGAACCCUAGAAGCAUUCCUUGUCUGCAGAGCUUGUCGAGCGACGGAUCGUUGAAGGCGCGGCGGAAGGCUGAUGCUUUGCUCAGGUUGUUGAAUCGAUGCUGCUCUCAUUCGCAGCAUUCUGUAAACAUGGGGAAUUGA